AGGAGCCGGGAGGCUUUGCGGGCGGGGCCACGUCAGGAGGAAGAGGCGGGGCUUGCUCCAAAGGCUUGCAGAGUGGGCAGGGUAGGGCUUUGGUUUCCUGCAGGAGGCCGGAGUACUAGGAGAGGGAGACUCAAACGGGGACCGGCCUUCCACCAGAUCCAGAGUCUAGGACCCAAGGUGCUACCCCCUGAGGGGCCGUGGUCACUUGCGAGCGAGGCCUUAGGGCUCGGGAAGGUCGGGUUCUGAGUAGCCGGGCCGUGAUGUGCGGGAGGCUGCUAUCCGAAUGUUAUUCGGCUCUUGUCUGCCUGGCAGCAUGAGGCAUCGCACCCUAAUCUCCAGCCCUGGCCUCUGGGCCUCUGUCCCGUGUCCACGCUCCGAGCUGCGACUGGACCUGGUUUUAGCUUCUGGACAGUCCUUCCGGUGGAGGGAGCAAAGCCCUGGGCACUGGAGCGGCGUGCUGGCGGAUCAAGUAUGGACACUGACUCAGACCGAGGAGCAGCUCUAUUGCACUGUGUACCGAGAAGACCAGAGCCAGGCCAGCAGGCCCACCCUAGAGGAGCUGGAAGCCUUGCACAAGUACUUUCAGCUGGAUGUCAGCCUGGCUCAGCUGUAUAGCCAUUGGGCUUCUGUAGACUCCCACUUCCAAACAGUGGCUCAGAAAUUCCAAGGUGUGAGAUUGCUGAGACAAGACCCCACGGAAUGCCUUUUCUCCUUCAUCUGUUCCUCCAACAACAACAUUGCUCGAAUCACUGGCAUGGUAGAACGGCUAUGCCAGGCCUUUGGACCUCGACUCAUUCAGCUUGAUGAUGUCACUUAUCAUGGUUUCCCCAGCCUUCAGGCCCUGGCUGGUUCAGAGGCAGAGGCUCACCUCAGAAAGUUGGGCCUAGGGUACCGAGCCCGCUACGUAUGUGCCAGCGCCAAAGCUAUCCUCAAGGAGAAAGGUGGGCUGGCUUGGCUGCAGCAACUUCAAGCGGCCCCUUAUGAAGAGGCCCACAAGGCCCUUUGCACCCUGCCCGGAGUGGGCACCAAGGUGGCUGACUGCAUCUGCUUAAUGGCCCUUGACAAACCCCAGGCUGUGCCUGUGGACGUUCAUGUAUGGCAGAUCGCCCAGCGUGACUACGGCUGGCAACCUAACACAUCCCAGGCUAAGGGCCCAAGCCCUCUGGCCAACAAAGAACUGGGAAACUUUUUCCGGAAUCUCUGGGGACCUUAUGCUGGCUGGGCCCAAGCAGUGCUGUUCAGUGCUGAUCUACGCCAACCAAACCAGGCUCAGAAGCCACCAGCAGAACGCAGGAAGGGCUCUAAGAGACCGGAAGGCUAGGGUCAGUAUCGAGGCUCACUCCCUCAGCAUGCCUCCCAUCUGUCCUUGUGAGUCUGCCUCCUGCUGCCAACCACCCUGUGUUCUUGCUGCUUCUGAGUCAAGCCCCACUAUCUGCUACAUCUCUGAUACUAUUGGGCCUCCCAGACUUCCCUCCUUGCCUUCUCUGCAUCCCGAAAGAAGAUCCUUCUUCAGGACAGGUUCCCACUGUCAGUCUUUCUGGGAUCAUCCUCUAUAACGUGGGGGCCCCACUAUAGCAUGCAAGGAUCUCAGUGACCCCUACCAGCUUCUGCAGCCUGGGCUCUUGAUAUUUAGUUCCCCUAGUUCCUCCAGCCCCUCUAGUUCAGCAGGCUUGACAUUCGGCCACACUCUUACCCAGGCCUCUUUGCACCCCUGGUCCCUCUGCCUCAGGCAUAUUCUCCACACCUGGUUAAUUCCUAGUCAACCAACAGAUCUGUGACCACCUCUCUGGCCCUUGAAUCCUGGAGAGUAGGACCGCCCUCUAGGGAUGGACUUUAGAGGUCAAGUGGCCUCUAGAGUCCAGAACAAAGGAGAUUCUUUGGAAAGCCUCCCUGGGCCUGUCCUGCUUGCAUUUGGUACUAGAUGCUGUGUAAGUGGAGGGACCAAGGAUUAGGAGU